ACACACUAUCAAACAUUUCUUCUCCUAGACAAUGAGUGGAUAGAAACUUGAAGUGAAACGAACCACUUUCAUUUACUUGUCUCGCAGAACCAAAAAGAACAAAUCAAAAGAAUCAAUGGCUUCAAUCCCAUGUACUUUUCAAAUACCCUGUAGUUCAAAACCCGUAAAUUCUCUUCCAUCUCUGCCAAAGCUCAGUUCCAAGUUUCUAGGCUCUCAAAAAACUCUAUCUUGGUCAAGGCCUUCAAGAAUUGGACCCUCUAAUGGUUCAAGAACUCAAUGCUGGUUCAAGUUUGGUAAGAACGGCGUUGAUGCUGAAGGUGCUGGCAUUUAUGGCAGCCAGGGCAGAGAUGAUUUUGACAGGGACGAUGUUGAGCAGUACUUCAAUUACAUGGGGAUGCUUGCUGUCGAAGGUUCCUACGAUAAGAUGGAAGCUCUUUUGAACCAAAACAUACACCCAGUAGACAUUUUGUUGAUGCUGGCUGCCUCGGAAGGCGACAAGCCGAAAAUUGAAGAGCUGUUGAGAGCUGGAGCUAAGUAUGAUGUCAAGGAUGCAGAUGGGCGUACUGCCCUUGAGAGGGCUGUCAAUGAAGAAAUAAGAGACUUCAUUCUCGGUUUCUCUGUGCAAAAACCUUGACAUGGUCAAAUCGAUCUAUUUCAAUCACUGAUAUAAAACUUGAUCUUGUCUGUUUAUACCUAGUUUGAACAUUGUUGGAUAGAGAGAAAAAAGCUAGUGUUUCGUGUAUUAAA